AUGAUGAACGUCCCCGGCGGAGGAGCAGCCGCGCUGAUGAUGACGGGUUACAAUAAUGGUCGCUAUCCCCGGAACUCUCUCUACAGCGACUGCAUCAUCGAGGAGAAGACGGUGGUCCUGCAGAAGAAGGACAAUGAAGGCUUCGGCUUCGUGCUCCGCGGGGCCAAAGCGGAUACACCCAUUGAAGAAUUCACACCGACGCCGGCGUUCCCGGCUCUGCAGUACCUUGAGUCUGUGGAUGAAGGAGGAGUGGCAUGGCAAGCCGGCCUGAGGACUGGGGACUUCUUGAUUGAG